AUGGUAACAAACCAAUCCCCUCUGCAAAUGAACUGUCUCACCCUGGAGCAAUACGCCAGACACUGGAUCUUCCCUAACACUGAAGACAGUCACCCCGAGAGGUAUUCCUCCCUCUUACCAAUGUCUCUCCUCACUGCUCUCACUGAUGUGGCUUUAGUUUUGUGUGUGGCAGACUCCUCCACCAUGGCCCCAGAGAAGGACAGCAAUGGCCUCGACAAUUAUGGUUUUGCCCUUGAAGGACGCUUUCGUGAUCUGCCUGACGACGACGCCGACAGCUCCGAGGAGGAGGACAACAACAAGCUGGCCUACUGCGUGACCGACGUGCCUCCCUGGUACCUGUGCAUCAUCCUGGGCGUUCAGCAUUGUCUGACUGCAUUCGGAGGCAUCAUCGCCAUCCCCAUGAUCCUGUCCCAAGGCUUGUGUCUUCAGCACGAUGGUCUCACGCAAAGCCACCUCAUCAGCACCAUCUUUUUCGUCUCUGGCGUCUGCACUUUACUCCAGGUUACAAUCGGGAUAAGACUGCCAAUCCUACAAGGUGGCACAUUCACAUUGCUGGCCCCAUCAAUGGCCAUGCUGUCUAUGCCCGAGUGGAAGUGUCCCUCCUGGACCCAGAAUGCAACUCUAGUGAAUACCUCAUCCCCAGAAUAUAUAGAGGUCUGGCAGAGUCGAAUGAGAGCACUUCAAGGGUCCAUCAUGGUGGGCUCGCUGUUCCAAGUGUUUGUGGGAUUUUCUGGUCUCAUCGGCCUUUUCAUGCGCUUUAUUGGACCCUUGACCAUCGCUCCCACCAUCUCACUCAUUGGACUGUCUCUGUUUGAUCCUGCUGGCACUAAUGCUGGUAAUCACUGGGGGAUUUCUGCCAUGACAACAUCUCUGAUCAUCCUCUUCUCGCAGUACUUGAGGCACAUCCCGGUGCCCUGUCCGUACUACAGCAAAGCCAAAAAACUGCACACCACUCGCGUAUAUGUCUUUCAGAUUUUGCCUGUCUUACUUGGAGCAUCCAUAUCUUGGCUCAUCUGCUACAUUUUGACCAAAUACAACGUCCUUCCCACGGACCCGGCCCAAUAUGGUUAUCUGGCCCGAACAGAUUUAAAAGGAGAUGUGAUGGCCCAGGCUCCAUGGGUCAGUUUUCCUUACCCUGGUCAGUGGGGAAUGCCCACAGUGAGCCUGGCUGGAGUGGUGGGCAUCUUGGCAGGUGUCAUCUCCUCUAUGAUUGAGUCAGUUGGGGACUACCAUGCCUGUGCCAGGUUGUCUGGAGCCCCACCGCCACCCAAACAUGCAAUAAACAGGGGCAUUGGUGUUGAGGGAAUAGGCUGUCUGCUGGCUGGAGCUUGGGGCACUGGUAACGGCACCACUUCUUACAGUGAAAAUGUUGGUGCUCUUGGAAUAACAAAGGUUGGCAGUCGCAUGGUGAUAGUGGCCAGUGGAGUCCUGAUGGUUGUUAUGGGGGUGUUUGGAAAAGUAGGGGCUAUAUUUACAACAAUUCCCUCCCCUGUGGUAGGCGGGAUGUUUAUGGUCAUGUUUGGUGUGGUUGCAGCUGCAGGAGUUUCAAAUUUACAGUAUGCUGACAUGAAUUCAUCUAGAAAUAUUUUUAUUUUUGGCUUCUCCAUGUUUUCUGGUUUGGUAAUACCCAACUGGAUUCUGAAAAACCCAAACACGUUGGCUACAGGUGUGAUAGAGCUGGACCAGGUCCUACAGGUGCUCCUGACCACAAGCAUGUUUGUGGGGGGAUUCUUCGGCUUCGUCCUUGAUAAUACAAUACCAGGUUCUAAACAAGAGCGAGGCAUCUUGGCCUGGAACAAGGCUCACGAGGAUGACUCGAGUAACACUCUGGAGAGUGGAGAGGUCUAUAAUCUUCCCUUUGGCAUCAACAGUCGUCUGGCUUCUACCUGGCUCCAGUACCUGCCCUUCUGCCCCCCCUCUGUCCCCCGCUCUAUGGAGGGAAGUGGGGCAGACAUCAAUGCCCUGGAGCCAAAGCACCAUCUGGGACACCCACAGCCUGCACCCAUCAUCCUCGCAGUGCCUUUGUGA